AUGUAUUCGAGGACAUUGAACUUUGCCCAGCGCACUGCCAGAAUGUCGCUUGGUGCCGGUGCCAGAACGAUGGCUACACGGGCCCCAAAGGAGUUUCUUUGCAUAAUGCCAGAUAAGCCCAACGUGCUGCAAGUCCGCAAGCAGGUCAAGGGCCAGCAUUACGAAGGAAUCAAGCCCCUCAUCGAGUCUGGAAGGCUAGUUGCCGGAGGUAAUGUGUUGCUUCCCAACUCCCUCGGGCAAAGGGUCAACGUGAAUCGAGAGUUGGGCUUACGGGCUCUUGGGGCAUUGUUUGAGAAACACCCGAACGAAGACGCCACGGAGGCCUGUUUCCGGGGCAGCGUGGUUGUGUAUACCGGGGAGAGCCCAGAAGAUGUAAAGGUUAUCAUCGAGAACGAUGUUUAUGCUACGAGCGGGGUCUGGGAUCUUGAGAGGGUGCAGAUUAUUCCUUAUGUGGCUGCUGUGAGGCAGCCUCUCUCGUCAUGA